AUGUUUUGUUUGGAAAAACAUUUCUUUAAAACAUUUGUUUUGUUUUUAUUAAUUAAAAACAUUUUAACAACAAAUGAACAUGACAGAUAUGUUUUGAAAAAAGUUGAAAGUGUUGGAAUUGAAAAUGUUGCUUCCGAACAAAUAAAAAAAUUAAUUGGCGAAGUUUUGUUUGUGAGUGAACAAACAUGUAAACAGGCCCCAAACAUUUUCUUAAAUGAUAUGGAAAAGUUGAGAAAGAAAGUUUUUUUAGAGUUGGAUAAACUUGAAGAAGGAAAGUUGAACAUUGAAAAGAAAAACAAGUUGGAAAACAAGUUGGGAAAAAGUUCGGAAAACAACAAUGAAGUCGCUCAUAAAAACAAGUUAGAAAACAAAGUUUCAAUAGAAAACAUCAAAACAUCUGUUGAUAAUGUUUUGAAUGAAGCGAAAAUUGGUUGUUUAGUUGGUUUAGAAGGCCCUGCAACAAUGUUCAGAUCAAUGACAUUUGAAUUUGAUAAAAACAAAGAAGAAUGGAAACAUUUGUUGUUGGUAGACUAUGAGAAUGAACAUUUCUUGGAAAUAAAGGAAAUCCUUUCAAACUGUCAAAAUUAUUUAAAUGAGGAAUUGUCUUCCCAAACCUCAAUACCUUCAAUACCCAAGAAUCUUUUGAAAUAUUUUGAAGAAGCCAAAGAUUUUAACAAAUUUAUAUUCAAACCCAUUUCUGAACUGAAUGAAAUUUUGAAAAAAAUUAAAGAGGAAGAAACUAAAAUUACAAAUACUAUCGCUAAAGCAGAAAUUAGUACAGAUUUUAUCUCUCCAUUGUUAGGUUGGAAAAAAGAUUCAAUGAGUAAGUUGAAGAGAAUAACUGAAGCUGUGAAGGAAACUCGUUUUGAAGUUGUUAAAGAAUUGCAGAAAAAUGAAGAAUACGAAAAAAUUCUGCGACGCUACAAAUGUGCUCACAUGUAUUUUUGGUUAAACGAGGCUACCAAAGUAUUACACGGAAAUUUGUUUUCCUUUGUAUCAAAGUUAAGUGAAGGAUUUUUGUUUGAAAAUGAGGAGAAUGCUGUAAAAUGGUUAAAAAGUAUUAAAAUUGCUAGAGAAAUUAUCCCAAUUCUAGAAAUGUUGAAAAUUAAAAUAAAUUUUCUUGAAGAGAAUAAAUUAAAUGAAAAGGAGGAGAAUAAAAAAAGAGAAAGCACAGAAAGUCCGGAAACAUCAAACAAAACAAAAGAAAAACAAGUUGUUUUAGAAAAUGGGCACGAAAACAUUUCUAGUGUUCAAGAAAACGGAAAACUUGAUGUUUGCCCAACAACAAAACAAUGGAGCAUUUGGCGUGGAAAAGUUCGUAAAGUUGUCCAACAAACUUUAAAAGCAUUUUCUAAUUUAAACAUAUUAUAUAAAAAUGGAGAGGGAGUAACAACAAAACAUUCAAUUCGUUCCAAAGCCACAGAUGAGAGAAUGUCGAAAAUAUAUAAAAUGUUAAAGAGAAGUGAUGCUUUUGAUUUAAUGAUAGAAUUAAUUGAGGAAUUGAAGGAAAUUGAGGAGAGAAAUUAAAAGGAAUUGAAGGAAGAUGACAAAAAUAUUUUGUU